AAGUCCCCGUAACGUCUCAGCCAAUCACAGCAGAGAGCGGGUAGAAGCACGCUGGAGAGGAUGACGACCACCUGUGUCGGUCUGACCAUGAUGAUGAUGAGGAUGCCAACCUUGCAAUGUCCAUCAUGCUGGCUUGUGUGAUGGAGGUGGACAUCGUGGAGUUUGUGGUUCCAGUGGAGAACAACAAGAGUUUGUUUGUGUGGGACAUCGAGGCAGGAAUCACGGAGGCUUCCAUCUAUGAGGGCUUACAUGCUGUCUUCUCCUCCUUCGGACCUCUCUACCUGCUGAAGGUGUGUCCUAACGCCCCCCUGAGCACGCCCGGAUUCUACGCCCUCAUCAAGUUCUACUCGGCUGUUCAUGCCCGGAAAGCCCAGCAGCACACAGAUGGCUGCUCACUCUUCCAGAACUCUCCUGUCAAGGUGAGAGUCAGCUCCAAACAGAUGCCUCACUUCCUGUCUAGCAGCAGACCUCUGAGCCACGCCAACUGUGUGGCGCUGGCCAAUCAUUGCCUGGGAUUCAACGGCUGGACCUCUGACAUCAUCACACUGAGGGAGCUCCCCACUGAUGAAGAGGAGGAGGAGGGAGGGGGCGGGCCCAGUCAUCAACAGCUGAAGUUGGGCUGCCUGCUGCAGCUCUCCUUCCCCUGUCACGGCGUGACCACCCGAGGAGCUGCGCUGCUGCAGGACAGCUUCACCUGCACAGGUCCUGAUGUGGUCCUGCAGAAGCGCCGUAAGCUGCACAGGAUGGUGCGAGAGAAAGCCCUGAUUGAGGCCUUCUCCACGGUUCUGCUGGUGCUGCUAGGUGAUGGGAAGGUGAUGGUAGAGCUGCGACAGAUGUCAGAGCAUCUCUUCGAGGAGACUGCGGGACUGGUCCAGGUCCGGGACUGGGGCCAGGUCGAGGUCCAGGACCAGGUGAUGCUGUUUCCUGCUGAAGAGGAUGAGUGGAAGGAAGAAGACUUGGACCUGAGUGUGUGGUAGAACCUAGAGGAGCGUGGUUGGUCAGGAAGUCCAGCUGCUGGAACACCGGUCAUGUCACACACACACACACACAAGACUCCCAAUAACCCUGAGUGUGUGUGUGCGUGUGUAAUGUAAUCAGAAGCCAUCAAGACAAUCCAUGAAGCAGGAAAGAAGGAGAACCAGAAGAAAAGAUGUUGAUAUUCCACACGUAUGGUAUGGAAUGACAUGGUAUGGCCAGGGUGUACCCCGCCUGUCGCCCGAAGUCAGCUGGGAUAGGCUCCAGCACGCCCCCGCGACCCUCAAGAGGAGAAACGGUAUAGAUGAUGGUUGGAUGGUAUGAAAGAGAUCGACGGUUUGAAUCUGUUUGGAUGUCCUUGUGUGGAGUUUGCAUGUUUUUUCUGUGCAUGCUUGGCUUUUCUCCAACUUCCUGUUAUGUUUAGUGUAUCAUGUCACUUGUACAUAAGUGUGAAUGGAGAUAUGAGUCCUGUGAUUGGCUGGUGACCAGUCCAGGGUAUACCCCGCCUCUUAUCCAAAGUCAGCUGGGAUAGGCUCCAGCUCACAUGGAUGGAUGGUAGGUGAUGUGUUGGAUGGUACUCACAGGUACUGGUCUGUCUUGAGGUCAGGAUGCAAAGCGACGGAGAGUCCAAACAGACUUCCGUCUGCGCCCGUCUUCAACAGCGGGAAGGACGUGUCCACAUUAGACGCCGCGCACACAAACACGCACAUGCUCAGUAGUACGCACACACGCGUUGCCAUGGAGACGCACCUUGAAACACAUUACACCCAAAGACAUGAUAACAAGUGUAAGUACUGUCAUCAUGAUUCAUAUAUUCAACUCAUAAAAGAAUCAUAUAUUCAGUAAAGGAAGAAAAGAAUGAGACAAACGUGUUGUGUUGAGAUGAAGAAGAAGGUCAAAUAGCGUCAGGUUGUCGGUUGGAUUCCCACACAGCUUGCGGUGACUCGUCCUCGUCCACUGAUGCACUGACACGCCGUCGCCUCCAACUCUCCUUCUCCUCCUCCUUUUUCUCAUUCUCAUUCUCCAGCCGAGGCUCUCUCAAAUGAAAUCAUGUCUGCACGCCCGCCCACACGCACAUCACACACACACACGCACACACAAAUGGAUUCAGGAGUUAGCGUAAGGGCACCUUCAUUUGAUUGUGAGUGUGUGUGUGUGUGUGUGUGUGUAUGUGUGUGUGUGUUGGCUUCCUGUCUGUGUGGUGGUGAUUUCCUUUGUGAUGCUGGUUAGCAAGCAUGCCCUCUACAGGACACAAUCGGCAGCUUUACAACAUUAUUAUAAACAGCACUUGAAUGCAACACAAACAUUAAGGCAACAGGACUUUUAUUUCACAGCUAUAGGAAUCAUUACUCUCAUUUGCAGUGGAAGGUAUGCUCUGCAAAGCGUGGUAGGAGAGUUAGAUAGGAGCUGCUGUUAAAUGUCAAGAAGACUGAGGUUAUGGUGGAUUGUAGGUCAUUUGAGUUAUUGAAGAGAUGGACCAUGUAGUGUAUUUGGGGUGGUGCAUUAACAGCAACACAGAUAAGGAGGUUGUUAGCGAUCGUAAGAGGAUGGAUGCUUUGGGAAUUGUGAGGAUAUUGCGGACAGCAAGAAGGACAAACUUCUAGGUGCUAAAUAAGAAGAAAGUGCUUGCUUAGCUUGCUUAGAUGGUGCACAAUUCCAUCAAGCAGCAUUGCUUGGGCCAUGUGAUGGUGAACUGGAGAAGGUGAUGAUGUCCAGCAAAGUCAAUGGAAGAAGAGGACAGGGCCUCCUACAUUGUUAAAGGCUUAAAGACAUUGAGGAGUGGAUGAGAUGGGUGGAUGCUACCAGAAUAGAAGAGUAUCGUGAUGGCAACAGCAAAUAGUUGAGAAGAAGACAGGCAGCAGUAUCAUGCUGUCGUACAUCAGCAAACACGCCGACAGAAAGCCAGAUGUGUGCUUGAAUAAAGCCUGUGUCAUUAUACAGCAUGGCUUUGUACGGCGUGGAUAAUGUCUUUCAUGGAAGUGUGACAUCAUUAUUUGAAGCAGCAAAACAGCCCCAGACCAUCACACUACCACCACCAAAUUUUACUGUUGGUAUGAUGUUAUUUUUCUGAAAUGCGGCGUUACUUUUACGGCAGAUGCAAUGAGAUACACACCUUCCAAAAAGUUCAGCUUUUGUCUCGUCCGACCACAGAGUAUUUUCCCAAAGGUCUUGGUGAUCGUCAAGAUUUAUUCUGGCAAAAUGAAGACGAGUCUUAAUGUUCUUUCUGUUCAGCUGUGGUUUCGGUUGUGGAACUCUGCCACGCAGGCCGUUUUUGCCCAGUGUCUUUUUUAUGGUGGAGUCAUGAACACUGUGGCCUUAACUGAGGCAAGUGAGGCAUGCAGUUCUUUGUUGUUGUGGGGUCUGUUGUGAGUCAUCACUACGC